AUGAGACACCUCCCCGUUUGCCUGUUCCUGGUUAUGGGACUCACUGCUGUUAAUGGGCAGUACUUCUGCAACGGCGGAACAUUCGCGGACCCUAACAUCCGUUGUGCCCAGGGACAGCAUGUGUAUUGCUGCGACACAACCCUCGUCACCGCCGAAGAUCCGAGUCGCAAGCAAGGGUUCCCAACGUACAGCGAUUGCGGGACUAAAGGUGCAACUUGCACGGUGAAGGACAAUUCCGGCCUCGGCUUGUUGGGGUUUGCUGCUUGCUGUUAA